AUGAUGCAGAAUAAAACAGUGAUGUCUUUGGAAAGUGUAGAAUAUUGUUCUGAUGUAGAUUUCAACUAUUUUUCUAGAGUGGUGCCCAACAAUUACCAACACAUCCUGGCCUUGGCAUUUGCAGUAAAGGAGAUCAAUGAAAACCCUCAGAUCUUACCCAAUGUCACCUUGGGCUUCCACAUCUAUGACAGCUAUUUUAAUGCACAGAAGACCUAUCAUGCCACAAUGCUAUUUACAUCCACACUGGAAUACUUUGUCCCCAACUAUAUAUGUGACAUGGAUAAAAAUCUGGUGGCAGUUAUUGGCGGAUUGGACUCUGAAACAUCUCUUCAUGUGGCCACUAUCUUGGAUACCUAUAAAAUUCCACAGCUCAUAUACAGUUCUCCUCCAGUGACAAAUGAUAAAAGCCCAGGUCUUCUCUUCUACCAGAUGGUCCCUCAAGAAGGUCUUCAGUAUGAGGGGAUUCGUGCUUUGCUUCUGCAUUUCAGGUGGACAUGGAUUGGAGUCAUUGUUAUGGAUACUGACACUGGAGAAAGAUUUGUCCAAACAGGGCUUCCCCUCUUUGCCCAGAGUGGGAUCUGUUUUGCCUUCAUAGAAAAAUGCCCCACACUAAGUUUUGUCGAUAAAAUUGAUGACAUCCUGGAGCGGGGUAUGAAGAUAUUUGAUAAAGUAUUAGGUAGCAAAGCUAAUGUGUUCAUGGCUUAUGGAGAAUCUUACAGUGUGGCAUUUUUGAGAUGGUUGCCAGCUCUAUCAGAUGCAGAGCAAGUGGCAAAUAAGCUGAAAGGUAAAGUGUGGAUAAUGACUGCCCAGAUGGAGCUAACUUCAUUUGUCUAUCAAAGGUCAUUGGAUACAGAAAUAACCCAUGGUGCUCUGUCAUUUGCAAUUCAUUCUAAUUAUCUGCCAAAAUUUAACCAAUUCAUUGCAAGCAGAAACCCUUCCAGCACAGCAGAAGAUGGUUUUAUCAGGGACUUUUGGCAGCAAGCCUUCAAUUGUAUGUAUACAAAUCAAGUUGUAGAUGACAUGGAGAACAAUAUCUGCCUUGGGGAAGAAAGGCUGGAGAGCCUCCCUGGGACUUUUUUUGAAAUGACCAUGACUGGACACAGCUACAGCAUCUACAAUGCAGUCUAUGCUGUGGCCCAUGCUCUACAUGCCAUGUCCUCAUAUGGAGUGAAAAGUAGAACUGUAGACAGAAGAGGACAGACGCUUCUGAAUCAACCAUGGUGGCAGGCUCACAUUGCUCAAUGCAGUUUCCGUGAACCAAACCAUCCAAUUCACAAAUAUCAUGAGUCAGGAGAUCUCCUCGUUGGUGGCAUUGCUUCUCAGAUAUUUAUUGUCUCCAAGUUGCUAAACUUCACAGAAGAACCUCUGCCAACGGUUUUUGAUGAGCUUAACGUAUUGAUGAAGAAUUAUCAACACAUCCUAGCUUUGGCAUUUGCAGUAAAAGAGAUUAAUGCAAAUCUUCAGAUUUUGCCCAAUGCCACUUUAGGCUUCCACAUCUAUGACAGCUAUUUCAACGCACAGUGGACCUACCAUGUCACAAUGCUACUUAUAUUCAUACUGGAGAGAUUCAUUCCCAAUUACAUAUGUGGCAUCCAGAAUAAGGUAGCUGCAGUUAUUGGGGGACCGGACUCCCAAAUCUCCCUUGAUGUGGCAACCAUCUUGGAUAUCUACAAGAUCCCACAGCUCAUAUAUGGUUCUGCUCCAGUGAUAAGUAACAAAACUCCAGGACUUUUCUUCUACCAGAUGGCCCCUAAGGAAACUCUUCAACACUUGGGGAUCCUCUCUCUGGUUCAGCAUUUCAACUGGAUAUGGAUUGGGGUCGUUACCAUGGAUGAUGACAAUGGAGAAAGAUUUGUGCAAGCGGUGCUCCCGCGGUUUUCUGAACAGGCCAUCUGUUUCGCCUUUGUAGAAAAAAUCCCCAAAGUACGUGGUGUUGUUAUAGGUUUGGUGGAGCACGUAGUAAAAAUGCAUUUUAAUAUCAUGGAGAGCAAAGCCAAUGUAGUGGUGAUGCAUGGAGAAUCUUUUACUGUGGCAUUUCUGAGAUACCUGCCAUUCCUAUCAGAGUUAGAAGAAAAUAUUACAAAUAAGCGAAAAGGAAAAGUGUGGAUAAUGACAGCACAGAUGGAGCUCACUUCAUUUGUCUACCAAAGGGAUUGGGAUACAGAAAUACUCCAUGGUGCUCUCUCUUUCGCCUUUCACUCCAAUGAUCUCGAAGGAUUUCAACUAUUUGUUGAGAGCAGAAACCCUUCCAGCACAACAGGAGAUGGUUUCAUCAGGGAAUUCUGGCAACAUGCCUUUGGAUGUGUGUUCCCAAAUGCAGUUGUGAAUGAGGAGGAUAUUUGCACUGGAAAUGAGAAGCUGAACAGCCUCCCCGGGCCUUUGUUUGAAAUGAGGAUGACUGGCCACAGCUUCAGCAUCUACAAUGCUGUCUAUGCUGUAGCCCAUGCGCUACAUGCCCUAUCCACGUCUAGACUAAAACGCAGCACAAUGCUGGGCAGAUGGGGACUGACAUUUCAGAAUCAACCAUUGUGGCAGCUCCAUCACUUUCUGAGAGGUGUCUCAUUUAACAACAGUGCUGGGGACAAGGUUUCCUUUGGCCAGACAGGGGAGUUAGUGGCUGGAUUUGACAUUAUCAACUGGAUUUUUUCAUCAAACCAAUCUUUUCAUAGAGUGAAAGUUGGGCAGAUAGAUCCUGAGGCACCUCCAGACCAAGCAUUUACUAUCAAUGAGGAUGCCAUAACAUGGUACAGGUGGUUUAACCAGGUACAACCUCUCUCCAUAUGCAGUGAGAGUUGCCAUCCUGGUUCAAGCAAGACGAGGAAGGAAGGGGAGCAAUUUUGUUGCUACGAUUGCAACCCAUGUCCAGAUGGGAAGAUUUCAGACCGGGAGGACACUGAUGACUGUUUUGAAUGUGCAGAUGAGCACUACCCAAACAAAAACCAGGAUUUCUGUUUACUCAAGGUCAUAACCUUCUUGUCUUAUGGAGAACGUUUGGGAGUCAGUUUAGCCUGUUUUGCUCUUUCCUUUUCUUUGACCACAGCUCUGGUGCUAGGAACAUUUAUGAAGCACCACAAAACACCCAUUGUCAAAGCCAACAACCGGGACCUCACCUACACUCUUCUCAUCUCCCUGCUGCUCUGCUUUCUUUGUGCAUUGCUCUUCAUCGGCCAUCCAGAGAAGGUGACAUGCCUCCUUCGUCAAACAGCUUUUGGCAUCAUCUUUUCAAUUGCUGUUUCUUGUGUGCUGGCAAAAACCAUCACAGUAGUUCUUGCUUUCAUGGCCAACAAGCCAGGAUCCAGGAUGAGAAUGUGGUUGGGGAAACGUCUGGCCAGUUCCAUUGUUCUUUCCUGCUCCCUUAUUCAAGCAGGCAUCUGUACUGUGUGGCUGGCAACCAGUCCCCCUUUCCCAGAUGUAGAUAUGCACUCAGUGACUGGAGAAAUUGUUCUGGGAUGUAACGAGGGAUCUGUGGUCAUGUUUUAUUGUGUCCUGGCCUAUAUGGGCUUUCUUGCUAUUGUCAGCUUCUCUGUGGCUUUCCUUGCCAGGAAGCUCCCUGACAGUUUCAAUGAAGCCAAGUUCAUUACAUUCAGCAUGUUGAUCUUUUGCAGUGUUUGGUUGUCAUUUGUUCCAUCCUAUCUCAGCUCCAAGGGAAAAUACAUGGUAGCUGUGGAGAUCUUCUCUAUCUUAGCCUCUAGUGCCAGUUUGCUGGGUUGCAUCUUUUCCCCAAAAUGUUAUAUUAUUGUGCUGAAGCCUCAGCUCAACAGCAGGGAACAGCUAAUAAAAAUAAAGAAUUGA